AUGGCCGACGGUUCGAGCGCUGCUCCGGCGUACCCCGCCACCUUCAUGAGGUAUCAGAGCCCUGAGGUGCAGAAGCCCUCUCUGCCCCUACGAUCUGUCGACCGGUCUGCGAAUCUGGAGAUCCGUUCCCAUCCUCCCAGUGGUUGGAGCGAGGACAAAGGGCCAAUCGAAUUGACUCAGGAAGCAGCCGAGACCCUCUUGAGGAGUUUGGCAGAGGAACCCUUCGAGACGGUCUUCGAGGGUGAGGAUCCUCUCAGCAGCUGCUCCUACGUUCGAAACCUUGACACCAAAGAGGUGCGGCCCCUAGCCCCGGAGAGCUUCACGGAAAGCUUUGUCGGGAAGCUGUUCAAGCCCAAGCCAACUCGUCAUCACAUGCGACCCUGGAAGCUCUGGUGGUGUGAGAAGAGACGAAAGGACGAGCUCCUCCUCGAGGCCGCCCUGCUGGGUGAUGCCGCCGCUCUGCUGGACCUGCUGGAGCAACCGCCCAACGGCAACCCCCCCGCCGCGGCCAACGCCUUCGCCUGCGGCGCCCGGUGCGCUUGGCAGGGAAGGGCAGCGUUGCACUUGGCGGUGCAGAGCGAGAGCCUAGAGGCGGUGGAAGUCUUGCUGGACAAGGGAGCACAGGUGAACGUGCGCAGUCGUCCCUGCAAGCUGACGCCUUUGCAUGUGGCUUCCGCCCAGGGCAGCAUCGAUUUGGUGAGUCAUUUGCUGACGGCGCGCGCGGACGUGCUCUGCCAGACUGAGGAUCGACAGAUCGCGCUGCACUACGCGGCCGCGAAUGGGCACUCGGAGGUGGUGAAAGUGCUCUUGAAGCAGGAUGCCAGUCAACUGGGCUAUCGCAACAUCUUGGGCCAACGUCCUGCGGAGGCCGCUGCCGACUUCGCCACGCUGUGCGCCUUCCGCGCCUGGGAGUUCCAGUGCUCCAGCUUCACACCCAGCGGCGGCACCGGCAGCUGUGGCACCGGCAGCUGGACGGGCGGGCGCCGGAACAGCGGCUGCAGCGAGGCGAGCACGGCGACGGGCAGCGAGCUGCCGGUGCUUGAGAGUGAGAAGCCGCACGACCAUAGCGACCUCUAUGCCGAGCGAAGCACCUUUGGCUGUGGAACCACCUUGCUCCUGCGCAAUGCCCGGCCAGACGCCGUACAGCGGCUGCUAGAGAAGACCCGCCAGUUGGAGGCAGCGAACGAGAAGCCAGAGAAGGCCACCUUGACAGCCCGGGCCUUGAAGGAUCUCAAGGCCAGCGCGUCACCGAAGGACUCCCCCAGCCGUUCCCCGGUCUCCAGUGGCACCUCCACCCCCGCGAGCCGCGCGCGGGGGCCGCCCUUCGCGCGGAUGAAGAGGGGCCACUCGCGGGUGGAGAAGGUGGGCCCCAACUCCUUCGAGCUGGUGAACCUCUUGGGGCGUGGCAGCUUCGGGGAGGUCUUUCAGGUGAAGCAUAAGCGCACUGGAAAAGCCUAUGCCAUGAAGGUGCUUCAGAAGAGCAGGAUCAUGGGCAGCAACCUGCUGCGUUAUGCGGUCACUGAGAGGAAUAUCCUGGCCUACAUCCAGCACCCGUACAUUGUCUCCUUGCACUACGCCUUCCAGACCACGAGCCACCUAGUAUUAGUGCUGCAGUACUGUCCCGGAGGGAACUUGCAGCAUCUCCUCACGCGCGAGAAGCGCCUUUGUGAGACCUUGACACGCUUUUAUGCCGCUGAGAUUCUUCUAGCUCUCAUCCACUUGCAUGAGAGGAACACUGUUUUCCGUGACCUGAAACCUGACAACGUGGUCCUUGAUGAGACACACCACGCCUUGUUGACUGACUUUGGGCUGUCCAAGGAGGGUGUCACUCAGCGAGGGACGUGCUCCUUCUGUGGCUCUGUGGCCUUUUUGGCGCCCGAGAUCCUACUUCGAAAAGGCCACAACCUGACAGUGGACAUCUACAACCUGGGCGUGCUCGUUUAUGACAUGCUCACUGGGAUGCCACCGUUCUAUCAUCAUGAUAGGGAGACCCUGUUCACCCACAUCAAACAUGCACACCUUGAGGUGCCCCUCUACGUGUCACGCGUGGCACGUGCCUUCAUUGAGGCAACCAUGGAACGAGAUCCCAGCAAACGCUUGGGUGCGCACGGCACGGAGACCGUCAAGGACCACGUCUUCUUCAUGGAAACAGAUUUCGACAUGCUGAUGCGAAGAGAGGCCCCGCAACGUCGCUGCGCCGCUGCGGCGGCCGCGACGCUGGUCCUGACGCGCUCGGCCCACCGCGCCGCGUGCGCCGCGCGGGCCGCGCGGGCACGUCACACGCUGCGUGCGAUGAAAGAGGCGAAGCAGCUGGAACGAAAGGUGGAGGACAUAAAUAAGCCUACAGAGCUGGGCUUAAGAAUUCCGGACUCAAAGCUGCAGGGCUUGAGCCUACAAGAGCCCAGGAAGUUUGUGAGUCGGGCCAAGCAUGCGUCUUGGGGUCCGCUGCCAUAUUCUGUGAACAUUGAGGAGUUAUUAGAGUUGCCUUUCGUGGAGGUGAUCAUUGUUUCGUGCAUCCUGCUGUCUGCUUUCCUUGCUGCAGUGGACACACUCCCUGUGCUUCAAGAACCCAAUUGUUCAGAGGUCUUGUUUGCCCUGAACUGGGUCGAGAAUUCAAUUUGUAUCUGUUUUUUCGUGGAGUUCUGGCUUCGAUGGUAUUCUCGAUCUUUUAGACCCAGCUACAUUCUAAAGCCUUUGGUGAUCAUUGACAUUCUGGCCUUUCUGCCUGUCUUCAUCGAGUCCGUGAGUGGUCCUCCCUCCUUCGUCGCGGGCUUCCGUCUCCUGCGGGUCUUCAGGCUGCAACGGUUUCUGAAGGAUUACAAUGCCUUCCUCACCCUGGCCACCGGCCUGGGCAUCGACCGCAACUACGUGACACCCGUAUACUUGGAGGUGACUCGCGUCUUGCUGACCAUUUUUACACUCCUUUACACUGCCACAGGAGCCAUCUACGCGGCGGAACAUGAUGUGAAUCCUCAGUUCCCCGACUUCUUCACCGCCCUGUACUUCGGCCUCACCACCUUGACCACGGUGGGCUUCGGCGACAUCACGCCCAUCACCACGUCGGGCCGCCUGGUGGUGGCCGCGUCGAUCCUCGCGGGCGGCGCGGUGAUCCCCUUCCAGUUGAGCCGCCUGGCGGAAGUCUUCAUGAAGAACGUUCGUGGAGAGAUGGAGACCGAGGUAGAGACCCACAUGGAGACCGAAGUCCAUCAGGUAUGCCCCAAGUGCCAAGCAACUCCUCAUCGGAAAGACGCAGCCUUCUGCUGGCGUUGUGGAUCAGUGCUGCCAAUGCGCGGCCGUGAGUGAUCUGCAGGUUGGAGGACUUGAGAGAGAUGAAUUGGCAAGGAGUUUGGUGGUCCAAACUGAGAUGGAC